UCAACAGCUUGCAAUGCUGAAGAAUUGACCGCCACUAUUCAGCCUGGUCUACACCACACAGCUAUGAAGUUGGGUUUUUGGCCAGUGAAUCCCUACUUUUUGGCCUUUUUUUCCCCGCACACACAUCACACCACGUACUCCGGCAUGCACUGGCUGUUUGUAACCACCCAGGAGAAUGAAAGAAAAGUCAGGAGGAGUCGGAGAAAGAGAAGAAAGGCGUGUGUGACCAUAAUCGUCAGGAAUCGAAUCCGCAGGCAAUCGAUUGGAAAUCGCUGCACAUACCACUGCACCUUAUGUGCCACACACACGCACACACACACACACACACACACACACACACACACACACACACACACACACACACACACACACACACACACACACACACUAUGUAUUAUGUACAAACAUACACACAUAAUGCACACAUACACGCACGAGUGCCGGUUGGUGAGCGAGCGGACCUGAAAUAGAAGUCUGUGAACCCUGCUUAUGCCAAUCGUCUACUGCGCCUAGCAUGGCAUGGGGAAUAAAAGUAAACUGAUCGACUCAUUUCUGGUGUUCUGUGUGCUGUACUUGUGCUUGUGCUUGUGCUUGUGCUCAGAUGCAACGAAAGGAGAAAGAGGAGCUUCGAACUGCUGCCGUGGCUGAGGACAUCAUUGGUGGCAAGGACGAGGCCAGCGUGGUACGCAUGCGUAUGUACCUUGUCGGCAAGUACGCUACAGGAAAGUCCAGCUUUGUCCGGUCACUGCUCGGUGAAGAGUUCAUUGAAAACGCGGACAGCACCGACUCCAUUUCCAUCCAUCGAUCCAGACUCAGAAUGCAUCUCUCCUCUUCAACCGCCACAGGCACACAAGCAGCGGCACAAAUUCUUGUGGACGACAGUCAACAUAGUUUCUUUGCCAAUCUUCUCACAGCUCGUAUCCGAUCAUCUCUAGAUCUGGUCAAGAAAAUCAAGGAGGCUCCAGAGAUACCACAACCAUCUGCAUGGUUCAAGCUCAAGAAACUCGCCACGUCCCUACUUCCAAGUACUGCUUCGUCUACUUUCCCUACUGCCUCCGCUACCGGCACCGGAGCAUCUGCUGCAUCCUCUAUCAACAAUGAGUUUGCCAAUGUUCCCCACGCUGAUGAACUGAUCAAAGUAGCACCAGAUGUUAUCUCUCAAGUUCGCUCGUCUGUCGGCAAUGUGGAUAACAGUUCAAAUGAAGUGGAAGCAGCAUAUGCGUUUGUUGAGCUGUGGGACAUGGGUGGACAGAUGCCGAUGUUGGUACAACAAAGCAUCUCGUUUUCAGUUUGUGACAGCGUGUACAUUGUGACUCUUGACAUGAGGUGUGACCUGGAUGAGGAGGUAACGGAAGACGUCUACCGCUUUGAUGGUCAGGAGAUUGUAACUUGCACACCGUUACCAGGAAUGACGCAGGCUGACUACCUUCACAUGUGUCUGUCACUGAUUGCUUUGCAGCAUAGGGCAGACACACACACUGACCAGCAGCAACAGAAGCAGCAGCAGCAACCAGACACAGAGACGGGUAAGAACAGUAGCAGCAAUGGCAGCCACCAUCAUGAUGAGAGUAGCACAGCCGUCAUGGUUGUUGUUACACAUGUGGAUCUUGUCGACGACAACCAGAUGGAGAAGAAGAAGAAGCUGUUCUUCAAUGCCGUGUCCAAGCUGGCUGAAAGGGCCGGACCCAAAGUCAAGAUCUGUGGACCCUUCUUUGUUGACAAUCACCGUCUUCAAGAUCGAGUAUCGCGCCACAGCCAGCUCGCAGAAGCACAGCAAGAGCUCUCUAGAAUUGUGUCUGCCUUUCCCGUCCAAGCAAUUCCCUUGAUGCAGGUGAAGAUAGAAGAAGCUAUUUCUCUCCACCAUAAGGAAAUGCUGCGCUCUGCAAAGGCAGGGUGCAGUGAUAAGCAGCAGCAGAGUUUUGUCAGCAUGGUCUACCCCCAGUUUGUAGACUUUUGUCGGCACGUUAGCGGCAAAGAUCUCUCGCGGACACAAGUGUCUGAUCUACUGCAUGACCUUCAGCAACAUGGAACAGUAUUCUGCUGUGACUGCCCGCAUCCAGACACUUCAAGUGUCAUCUUCCUGGAACCUCAGCAGCUGCUACUCAGCUUUGUACGCUUGAUGACCUUCCCUCUAAAGGAGACAGCUUUUCCAAGCACCUCGGCAACAUUAGUCAAAGAUGUGAAACACUUUCGCUGCACGGGAAUUGCCAGCGCUAGCCUAAUAGAGAGAGUUUGGUAUCCACUAAGCCAUGUUGUUCAGCUAGCCCUCUGCAAAUCCAUGUGUUACUUCAAUCUGGCAGCAGAGCUUGAGCCCACCAGCAGCACAGCCACCAGCAGCACAGCCACCAGCAGUACAGCCACCAGCAGCACAGCCACCAGCACUACAGCUUCCAGCAGUACAGAUACCAGCACCGGAGCGUGUGGCAGUGGAGUCGGCAGCAUUAGCAGCAGCAGCAAGAACAGGAGCAGACAAGGCAGAUCUCUGGUUGUCACGCCAGGCCUACCCGACCUCUUCAUCCCGUUCUGUUGCAAUCAGGAAGCAAUACGGUUGGUUUUGGAGGACUAGUACAGGUACGCUGUCAUCUCCUGAGGUGGUGGGCGAAGCAGCGAAGUGAAACGAAGGAAGAUAGAACUAUUAGAAGGCAUACGGAGGCACCAAAACCUAUUGCCUGUCACAUACUAAGUGCCAUUUAGGGUUGACAGCUGUCAGCUGACAGCCUCAAAAAUUUGAAAGUCUGCUCAAAAAACUCUCGAUCAGAACUCUGCGCACUCUCAAAUGGAGCGCACAGUAAAAAACUCGGCGACGAAGAUCGCUUCGUAUCGACGCCCUGGACUGAAUUCGGCACGUCCAACAAACGGAAUAGUGUUCUCUGAUGUAUUCUCUACGUGCUGGGUAUGGUCGCGUUUAGUUGGAAGCUCAGUGCAUCACCACUUUCGAUUUUGAGACUUGGCCGAUGGACUA